GGGAAAGGCUCCUGGGCAGCGCACGGGCACCACGGCCAAGAUUGACCAGCAGAGCCCCAUGGAGCCUGCCCAAGGCUCUCGCCGGCUCCGCUCCUGGUCCCUGCUCUGUCUGCUCCUGGCAGCGUCCCAUAGCUGGUCAGGAGCCCAGGGGCAGGAGGAGCUUCAGGUGCUGCAGCCUAAGGACCCCGUAUCUGUGGCAAAAGGAGAGACGGUCACACUGAACUGCACGGUGACUGAUAUCAGUCUUCCAGGGCCAGUGAAAUGGUUUAAGGGUGCAGGCCCCCAAAGGAAAGAAAUUUACAAUUUCAAAGGAGGCAUCUACCCCCGGAUAAAGGCAGUUGCCCCAUCCACCAGCACCACAGACUUCUCCAUCAGCAUCAGCAGCAUCACUCCUGAGGACACAGGCACCUAUUACUGUGUGAAGUUCAAAAAAGGGAAUCCUGACACAGAAUUUAAAUCCGGAGGGGGCACCAUGCUGUCUGUGAGCGCCAAACCUUCUUCACCUUUGGUGUCCGGCCCCAACAAGAGAAUAAACAUUGAGCAGAUGGAGAAUUUCACCUGUGAGUCACAUGGCUUCUCUCCCAAAGAUAUCGACCUGAAAUGGUUUAAAAAUGGGAAUGAGAUUUCCACCUACUGGACCAAGAUUUUCCCUGAGAAUGAAAGCGUCUCCUACAAUGUCACCAGCACAGCUCGGGUGAAACUGGAAGCUACCGAUGUCCUCUCCGAGAUCAUCUGUGAGGUGACUCACAAAACGUUACAGGCUCCUCUUCGAGGGAAAAUGAAUUCGUCCAGCAUAAUCCGAGUUCGGCCUCAAGUGAACAUUCAUUCUGAACCACUUUCCAUGAACCUCACCAACAUCACCUGUGCAGUCUUGAAGUUCUACCCCAACAUUGUGAAAGUCACCUGGCUGGAAAAUAACACCAAGAUUGAGAAAGAGAACAUGUCUGAACCCACCAAGAACAAAGAUGGCACCUACAGCUUCAACACCUCAUUCCAGGUCAACAUAUCUUUGCAGAAGGAGGCUAAGAAUAUCACUUGUCUGGUGACACAUGAUUCCCAGCCUCCCAUCAGUAACAGUACAGUAAUAAGACCCACACCUCAUCCGGAGAAGACGGAUAAAACUGAAGAAUCUCCUCCAUCCCAAAAAAUCUUUAUUGCAGUGAGUAUAGUGAGCAUUGUGUUGGUAGCUCUGCUGAUUGCCACCAUCUACCUCAUCCGAGCCAAACAGAAAAAAGCAAAAGGUUCGACUUCUUCCACGAGAUUACACGAGCCGGAAAAAAAUGCCCGAGACCUAAGCCAGAUUCAGGAUUCCAAUGAUAUCAACAAUGACAUCACAUAUGCAGAUCUGAACCUGCCCAGAGGGAAAAAGAGUGCUCCUCGAGCUGUGGAGACCAACAACCAGACCGAGUAUGCCAGCAUCCAGACUGGCCCGUCCCCUCAACGAGAGGAUAACCUGACCUACGCAGACCUGGACAUGGUCCACCUAAAUCGAUCAUCCAAGAAGGCUACCACCAGACCUGAAGAAUCGUAUUCAGAAUAUGCCAGUGUCCAAGUCCAAAGGAAGUGAACGCCGCCUCUGGGUUGCUGGUUUCAUGCAGCGGCGGCGGUGGAUCAGGAAGGCUCUCACUAGAGCCAUACGAAGUUGGCGGCGUACCUCCCAGGAAGUGCAGUGGAAGUGCCCGCCAAUCUCUGCUUACGGCGAUGCUGUUGCGUCCUUUGGGACCCAGCGAUGAGGGGGAAGAUGGCCCCGCAUUGCUCUCCACUGUACACUAACUCGUGAGCUUGGUGUGCACUUCCACCGAGGGACCAAGGGCUUUGGGGCAAGCAAAGUAUCAAACAUUUCCAAAUGCAGAGGGUGACAUUCCAAAACCAGGGUUGAAUAAAAGAACAGAAAUCUGGGAAAUGCUGCUCCUCCCCACUGUGGUGACAUCACAAUGGCCUGGGAGCACAGGCUCCCCUCCCUGCCCCAGCCCAGCCUGCCCAGCUGGGGUGGGGGCUCUCUCUUUAGACAGAUCACCUUUAUGGCUUUUCAGUAACACAGUCACUGACUCCAGGGUCCCCACCCCUACCCCCAACUACAUUCUUCCAGGGCAAAACAGGAAGGAAAAGCUGACCCUCUCUUCCCCCACCCCACCUGUGACUGCACAUUGCUCUGGGAGGAAGUUCUCCAGAUGCUAUUGUCUAGGUAAAGGCUGGAAAGACAACUUUGUGACCUCGUUAGUGAGAUUAGUGUCUCAGCUCUCCUGCUUGUGUUCUGGCAUAGAAUUGGUGUAUCUGCCAGGAGAGGUGGGUCUUCAGAUUAAAUAAGAACACCGCCUCAUUGAGAAAGGGUUGUGUGUGACUUGACGCUCCCCUGGACAAUCUUCCCCAAAACUCAGUUGUCACAGCUGUAACUCCAUACAGACACACCUCUCAUUUCUAGACCUGAAUUUUGCUUCCAGCCCAUACUAACACAGCAAUGCCUCGCUGCUGUUUACUCCUGUAAAUUAUUAAGAAAUGUGAAAUGUGCAAUCUUGAAACCAAGGUGUUAGAAAAUUUGAUCUGUGGUGUUUUUUUUUAAGCAUUAUAUUGGCUCUUUGUCAUGUGUUGAAGUCCAGUGUUACACAUGGUUGAGUCUUACAGGGUAUAGGAGGGUUUAUCCUUUGCUGUUCAGGAUGAGUUUUCUUGAAGCAGAAACAGAAUUCUAUACAGUACCAGAAGAUUACUGGGCAGAUAGCCACAGUCCAGCUAUUCCUUGGGGGCACCUAGCUUUCUGAGUAUGAUUAAAUUGGCAAUGAUGGCUUUAGUGGGAUGGAGCAAGUGCCCUAUGGCCAACCGAACUGCUAAACUCGACCUAUGCCGUAAGUGGAGCUGCUGAGAUGAUGGCUCCAGCAAUUUGCGGGGCAGCAUCCUUGGUUGGGUGAGCUAGUGGAUAGCAUGCCUGAGAAUGCUGAAACCAAGCUCUCACCCAGCUCCAACGCUAACUCACUGUGUGAGUCACUUAGCCUGGUGCCUCAGUUUCUCCACCUGAAAAAUGGAAAUGAGAAGAUUUGCUACCAAUCUCUAUAAAGCACUUUAUGAUUCUGCAGUCCAGGGAACCAUUUUGGUGAAUUGUUCUUCUUGCAGAAGCAGAUAAAGAGCUGAUGCCACAGCUCUGAAACCUGUCUUCUCCAGGACAUCCCCUUCUGUUUCUGCUCUUUGCAACUGCCAGAGUGAAGCUGGACCAGACAGAGAAGCAGGGAGUUACUGGAGGCCACUGAAGCCAGUCUCAGCUCCUCCCUUGUCCUCCCAUCUCUGAAGCUGUGGCAUAGGCUAAUGGCUUCUCCUGCUUUUUCCAGCAGUGACACCAAUUACCAUCCUGUCAUUCAGACUGUGAAACAGAUCUCCUAGAUGGAAGGCUGAUGGGGUGAGAGGAUGGUGAAGCCAGGAAUCCAGGGAGGGCAGAUGUUGCAUGACCUGUUUUGACUGUGCUGACAUAUUAACUGUUCAGUUUUUUUCCAGCUAAAUGCAAAUAUCCCCACUCUCCCAGGGUCCAACAGCUCUGUCCAGAAUUCCUGGCUAGAUGAGUCAGAAACAAAAGGCAUUGGCCUAAAGAGAGAAUCCUCACCUCCCCCAAGUGACCCCUUUCUCUUGAAGACUUCAUGUUCCUGGCACUAACAAAGCUGUUUGAGGGCAACGUUGUGCUUCCCAGCACAAGGCUCAUACUGUCUGGCAUGUGAAGAAGUCAAGGAAGUAUCUGAUUAAACAUGCAGCGCGACUGUAAUUGUCGUCGCAAUCAGUUCAUUUGUGGGGUUUGUUUUAGGUGGCUCGACAACCACCAGCCAGGCACAUCUGGUGAAAUCAUUCCUUUUUUCCAUAUAGGUCCUUCCAGAACCCAAAAAUGUCGGCUUGCAAACUGCCUCCCUCCCUCUCACUCUGCAUCCUUCACUGAAAACACCAUAGUAUUUGAGGAGAACGUUCUCAGAUUCUCUUGUUCUCUUGGUGCCAUCAUUUUUUGUGUGUCUUUUAUCGGGGGUAAAGGGUGGUAUGGGGUGGGUGGGGAGGAUGGAAAGAGGCCAAAGGAAAUAGGGAGCUUUAGCUUUAGCUCAGCUGCUUUGAGAUGUGUGUGUAAGCUGUAUGAUGGCAUUCAGGUGAGGAAGAAAUAGAAACGUGCAAAGAAAUGCAGUGUCUGAAGUUUCUUUGAAGAACACCGGGAAGGAGCCAGGCCCCGAUUUGUAUAUACUUGCUUCUUAAACUUUUUUGGCUUGCAAAAUAUUUUUGUAAUAAAGAUUUCCGGGAAAUAAUAAUUUGAA